AAAAAGGCGGGCAACUCACCGGCGGAACUGUAGGCUAUCCAUCGACGCUGCGCUACUGUUUUCUCUUGUUCUAACUCAUCUACGGCGCGAUGUCAGAUCCGUAUGUUUACCUUUAUGGACCUGUGUGAGCCACAAUCACUCACUUUUAGGCAAAACUGCAAACAAUAUUUAUUCUGUUAUUGUUUUCGUGCAGAUUCCCAGUUAGAGCCCCUGAAUACAGGCAUUCUUUUGGUGAUGGAGAAAUGAAAAAUCGUCUGUGAAAUUCAAUACUAAAUUCUGUGGAUACACUUCUCCCGUUGAUUUCUGUGUCCUCUUCGUUAGACCGUACAGGUAGCUGACACCUUGUGGAUAUCUUUAUAUAAUGGAAUUUUGAUUCAGAGGAUCAAUACUUCAGACAUCCUCCAGGAAAUAAAGACAAGAUCUCAAGAGAAAUGAACAUAUGGUGGAUCUGAACAAUGUUGUAGCAUCUGAACCCCAUUGGUCAAUUUUCCUUCACUUCUGAUGAAUGUUUAUCUCAUUGGCCACAUACUGAAGUGAGAACCGCUGAUAUUGAAAGUUUUUCUAACCAUGUCUAUGUUCGCUGCAAGAUUGUGACGUAUUGUGUUUCCGGUCUGAUAAACGUCUGCUGCUAAAUGAAGCGAUAACUCUUCCGUUAUUGAGAAAGUUGUUGUCUGCAUCACAAGAUGAACGCUCGGAUGUAUGGAGAUUUAGCUCCAAGAGUUUUAUCUCUCGUCUCGUUUACAGUCUCACCGUUAACCCACGAGAUGAAUGGACAAGAAGUUGCAUUUACAACCAUGCUAUAAUCAACAUGAUUGGCCAAGAAAUUUCAUUCAUAUAAAUACCCCCCAUAAAACAAGUUAAAAAGUCAAUUUGAUGAAAAUGGAAACUUGAUAAAUCAAAACAGAAAACAAUGUUUCGGAAUUAUCAAAUUUUUGCUAGUGACACUUCAAGUUUCCGGGAAUAUUUCGUCCGAGUUUUAGUAGCAAUGUUAUCGCUUCGCUCCCACCGCUGACCCAAGAAAAAAGACCAUCAUUACAAAAGCAUUUAGUCAUCACAAUGAAUCUAAACAACAGGUGAACGAUUGCUGUUUUGUGUGCAGUCCGACUUUUGUUCUUCCUCUCAACACAACUAGAAGGAGAUCGUCAGCGAUAAAAAAGAACGCCAAGGGAACAAACAAAAAAUGCCGCAAAAAAGAAACGCGGCUUCAUCGCAGAAUACAUUUCUUGAUACCAUCGCUACUCGUUUCGACGGAAUCCAUAGUAACUUCGUCCUUGGGAAUGCCCAGGCCAAUGGGUGGCCCAUUGUGUACUGCUCUGACGGCUUCUGUGAGCUUACGGGAUUCUCCAGGGCCAGCGUCAUGGCAAAGGGCUCCGGAUGUAGAUUCCUGUACGGCCCUGAAACAAGUGAGGCCGAGGUCCAGAAGAUCCAAGAGGCAUUGGAAGAGAAACGAGAGCUUAAGACAGAACUUCAGUUCUACAAUAAAAAUGGAACUCCCUUCUGGUGUCUGCUGGACAUUGUCCCCAUCAAAAAUGAGAAAAGGGACGUGGUCCUGUUUCUUGUCUCCCACAAGGACAUCACAAAGGACAAAGAGAAGAAGGAGCCAGACUCUCUGUCCGGGAAGAGCAACAGCGACGGCUCUUCAGACGAGGACAACGAGAACGAGGACGAGGGCAUGCCAGAGAACUACGACUACGGACGCCGCAGGAGCCGAGCGGUGCUGUACCACAUCAGCGGACAGCUGAACAAGCACAACAAGGCCAAGAGUAAGCUGCAGCAGCUCAACAGGCUCGCUUCGCAGAUGCCAGAAUACAAGGUCCAGGAAGUGAAAAAAUCCGGACUUAUCAUCGUGCAUUAUGGGAUAUUUAAGAUCGGCUGGGAUUGGUUGAUUCUUCUGUGCACUUUCUACCUGGCGAUUAUGGUUCCGUUCAAUGCUGCCUUUAAGCGGGAUGCUCGAUUCGUCUACUUUGACGCUGGCGUAGAGGUUUUAUUCGCCAUAGACAUUGUCCUUAACUUCCGGACGACAUUUCUGAACAAAAGUGGCCAGGUAGUCUACGACUCCCGCCUGAUUGCCUUAAAUUACAUCCGGGGAUGGUUCCUACUUGACCUACUUGCAGCAAUACCUUUUGACGUCAUGUACGCAUUCAGUGGAGAAACGGAAGAUUCCAACAAUUCUAUGCUAACUAUGGUACACCUGUUGAAACUCGCUCGACUCCUGCGUCUUGCCAGGCUGCUCCAGAAGUUAGAGAGAUAUAACCAAUACAGUGUAGUGGUCCUCGCCCUACUGAUGUGUAUGUUCGCCUUGCUUGCCCAUUGGUUAGCUUGUAUUUGGUAUGCCAUUGGAAAGGCUGAACUGGAUGAGAACGACGCCAACUGGACAGUAGGUUGGUUGUACGAGCUGUCUGAGAGGCUAGAGAACGUCAUCAUCAACAAGACCCACAACAUCCCAGACAUUGCCACCUCCUACCUGACAGCAUUGUACUUCACCUGCUCCAGCCUGACCAGCGUCGGCUUCGGCAACGUCUCGGCCAACACCAACCCGGAGAAAAUAUUCUCCGUCUGCGCCAUGUUAGUUGGAGCAAUCAUGCAUGCUGUUGUGUUUGGUAAUGUGACGACCAUAAUCCAACGUAUGUACGCCAGGAGAGCAACCUUCCAUUCCAAGACCAAAGAUCUCAAAGACUUCUUCCGGAUUCAUCACAUCCCGAAGCCCCUGAAGCACAGGAUGAGGGACUACUUUCAAGCCAUGUGGUCUAUCAAUAAUGGGAUCGAUUUUAAAGAGAUUCUAAAAGACUUUCCCGAAGACAUGAGAGGAGAGAUAGCCAUACAUCUACAUCGAGAGAUUCUGUCUCUUCCAAUCUUCCAGCAAUCUCCUCCUGGCUGUCUCAAAUCUGUCUCUUUACAGACAGAAAGAUUUGUUUGUGGUCCAGGAGAGUUUAUUAUGCACAAGGGAGACGCUGUCAACUAUCUGUACUAUGUUUGCAGUGGAAGCAUGGAGGUGCUGAAGGAUGAACAAGUGGUUGCCAUCUUAGGUAAAGGUGAUAUCUUCGGCACUGACCUAGAUUACGAUGACCCGGUCAGUAUUAGUGGCUGUGACGUCAGAUCUCUGGCCUACUGUGAACUGUUAUGUAUACAGGUGAAAGGUCUUGUGGAUGCCCUUCUGUUGUAUCCAGACUUUGCCGAGACCUUCAGUACAGAGCUGCCCAAUGACCUGACAUACAAUGUCAGAGAAGGUCAUGAGGAUCACAGUGAUGAUGAGUCCCUGACCACAGCACCGGUCAUCACCCUGCCCUCGAUCUCGGAGGACGAAGAGGAAGAGGAUGAAGACAACAAUAACGACUUGACCUCCAAGAAAAGGUCCAGGCCGACCAAACUUGUCAAGGCGAGGGAGGACCACGACGACGAGGGAGGAGAGGGCAGAGGCAACACUUCCACCUCCCCCUUGCUGAACCAGCUCAACCGUGAGAGCUCCAGCAACGAGUGGCUUGCAGGCCGGGGAAAGUUACCCAACGGUCACAUCGGAGCAACCCUUAGCAUGCGCCUGGCCAACCAACAGACCAAGCUCAAAGAGUGGAUAACUCGAGCCAGGAAGAGGGAUGAAGCGCCUGCUGGUCACACAGCCUCGCCUCUUGCGUCUUCUGUUCCAACUACACCCACGCAGCCUCCCAGCUUUAUCCCGACCAGAAGCAAGCCCAACAUCCCUCCGCCUCUGCUCUCGGCGCUGGCGCUUCGGAGAACUGCUUCUGGGGGAAGCCGCCUUAUCCACCGGAGAUCGCGGGAGAAGCUGAAAAGCUGCAGGACUUUGCCGACAUUGAACAGCGUUUCUUCGGAUCGUUCAAUAGAGCAGGUGAUGGUCCACACUCUGCAGAUGGAACUGGAAGGCACAAGGGAUUCAGUGAUUGGCCUGGAGAGAAGGCUGGAUGACCUUCAUGACGACCUAUCCAACAUCGCUCGCAAUGUGAACAGUCUGCUAAGGCUCGUCUCCUCAAGCCCUUCUCCCAGCAACAUGUACAUGUCCAGUAACAGCCUGCAUCCUUCCUUCAACCCCUCACCCUCCCCCAACCCCAACCUGUACCCGGCGCCCAGUUUUUAUUUCAGUCAGUCUACAGACGGUGGAGACACAAGGGACACGGUCAGCCUGCAGUCGGCAUCGUCUCCAGCCCCCGAUUGGCCGGGCUACUUAUCUCAGGGCAAGGCUCCUGAGCAUUUCCUCAGCCCAUUCCAAACCUCGAAGCUGGGCUUCGGUGUGGCUGGCGGAUCUCCAAGCCCACUGGCCAGCCCUCGCGUCAAUUUCAGCCCCAUCAACUUCUCGUCUCUAUCCAGACAGAGCGUCUAUAGUCUGAACAAUGACAGAAUACCCCUCUCGGACAUCAGAGGUGAAAAGUCUGGAGGCAUGAAGCAUUCCUCAAUCCAGCGUUGUGAAAAAAUGCCGCCUCCUGUAGGUUCCCAUUUAGCGAGCCAGCUCCAAAGUUCCACAGUAUCAGGCAAAGAGAGCGGGAUUGCAUCUCAAUUAGCUGCCUUGUCGCAAAGGCCAUCAAAUUUAUCCCCUCUUCAUUCUAGACGAGCCAAAUCCCUUUUCAUCAAGCCGACUCGCUCAUUGGACUCAAAUGGUGUCAAGAACCAAGAAAUGAGUGUUGCCACUACAACAGCAUCCGCCUCGCUGGAUUUAACUCCAAGCGGUGCUGGCGGCUUGGAUAAAAAAGAUUUAAGCCCCUUAAACCUUGACACCGGCGUCAACCAGUUCCAGAGUGAGUACUAUCAAUUGACACAGCUGGAGCCUUGUGACGCCAGGUCUGGUCACUGCGACAAGGCAAGUGCACUUCGGCAGUCUGACCUUGAACUUUCCUUCUCUUCCGACUCGCCCCAGUUUGAUAUUAGCACUACAGAGGACGAUAACUCUGGUAGGCCAGAGGUGAGCAAGGGAACGAGCAAUGGCACUUCUAGCUCAAGAAGCUCCUCCUCGAUAUCUGAGAGCAGACGCAGAACUAGAAAAAUUAUGCAGUCGCCUACGAACAAAGUUUCUGCAAAGAGCUUCAGCUCAAUGUCACCGAUAGACAUGCCUAAAGAUUUAGAUCUCCACUCUUCAAAAUCAAGCUCCAAGUCAGCAUCACUUAGUUCACCUCACUCAAAUAAAAGCAGUCCAUCCUCUGCUCUUCCUUUGCUGUCGGGAUUAAACCUUGGAACUGCUGCGACAAGACCUAAGACGUUAUCUUCUUCGCCCCUUAGCACCGCCCCUGGGAUUGUCUCUCCAACCAUCUUUAGUGACAUUGAAUACAUAGACGCCGAGCCCGAGGUGCGCCCCUGUUCACACAGACCACCGAGACGCCACAUCCCGCCUCUCUCUCAGCUUCCAGUUUUCACAUCAGGGGUGUCUCCCACGUUACCCUCCUCGGCUCCAGCAGCGGUCCUCACGCGUUCAAAGUCUUUCUCCACCUCUGCGCUGCACCAGGGCCCAAAAGAACAAAGGACGCUCUCCAAUCCAUUGACUUUUGCGCAUUCACAGAAUUUUGUGGCACCUCUAAGUCAGGCGGAGUCGCUAUCGGACUUUGACAGUGACAAGUCAAAAGCCUAGACACAUACAUAAAGUAUGAUCAAUUCAACAAGUAUUACAAAUAAGAUGUAUUAUAUUUUUGUAAUUAAACAAGACCAGUAUCAAAUCAUUUAAUUAUCUUUCAAAGGGAGCAUUCUUUAUUGCAAAUCUAUAACACACAAAUACCUGUUUGAUUAUUAUUUCAUGUUAUAAGCACACCCAGCGAGCUUUGUUUCCAUCUGUUUUGUACCGUAGGGGGUAAGGACAGAUAUUUGGGAGAGGGUUACCGAGGUGCCUCAGCAAGCACAAGCCGAGUCGGGAUUGGAACUCGAGCCUCUCGAUAGGGGUAGCCAAGCAAUAACUGGCAAGUCAUCUGGCACAAUCGAAUCAACCAAGGGCUCUAUAGUGUGAGAAACACUCCAUGUAAAUUUGGGCAUGUUCAUUGCGUUCACUGUUAGUUGUAUGUAACAUUACAAAAUCCAUGACAACGGUUUGGGGUAUGUUUCCCUAAAAAGUACACAUUAGUGACUACGAAGGCUUCAAUACAGUGUACACAAUUCUACCAAGAAUGCUUCAGUUUCAUGUAGAACAAUCAUUUAUAGUAACAAAAGUCCAAUAAGUUUAUUUUUUAUAUCAGAUAUAACCGUACUGAAUAAUGCAUGACUAUCAUGUUUACACUUGCAAUUGAGCAGUUUUGUGAUUGGAAACGUCAAGGGUGAAAGUAGAAUCCUUUCUACGGUGGAAGUUUCUGUGUGUGUACUAAGUUUAAAAUCACUUUGUUUUUACUAAACCUUCAUUUUCAUCAAAUUAUUGGGCAGUUAAAGGUAAACAAUUAUUAUAUAUCCCAUAUUAUUAAAAAGGAUAUAUAAUUGAUGAUUGCGAAAACAAUUACAACAAAAGGGAGACAAUGCAUGGAUCUAUGUCUAGCUGAGAUUCUUUGAUUUAUCUCCCCUAUUUAUUUCCCCUCCCCCAUGUAU